AAGCCCCUUCACUGGAAUGACACGCAAAUCAAAUAUAAGACGUAACGGACGGGUUUUGUGUAAAAGAACAAACACGGUUGUUGAUUUUUGGUUUAAACCCACCUGGAAAAACUUCCUUGUAGCCAGACUUAGUCUACAGCUUUAAUAAACAUAAUCGAAGCGUUGCUGUCAUUUCAGGAUCGAUUAAUGCUUUCGACUGACUUAUGCUCCAACAAUGGCGGGUUUCUAUAUAUUACUGGUCGCAUUAGUUGCCCAAGUCUCCUGUCAUACACCAUGCACUAUGGCGGAUGAUGAGUGUGAGUUCUGGUUCGAUAUUGAAUACAAAAUGACAAUGAUAAAAGAUGGAGCAGCAUUAUAUCCGAAAGAUGGCAAAUUGUAUAAAUAUGAUGUAGUGAACACAAGUAGAGCGGAACCAAUCCCCACCGAAGGUGUUGCCACUGCCGACGGAUGGGAAGAUCCCCGUCUUCUUAUAGUAGUUAAUGGACAGUUUCCUGGUCCGGCAUUGGAGGUCUACGAGGGUCAAACAAUAAUUGUCCAUGUUACUAAUUCUUUACCUAGUGAGUCACUGACUAUACAUUGGCAUGGGUUACCACAAAGGGGUAGCCCUUGGAUGGAUGGGGUAUCUUUCAUAACUCAAUGUCCCAUAAUGCCUGGGCAGAGUUUCACCUACCGAUUCAAGGCUACGCAAAUAGGAACGUAUUGGUAUCAUACCCACAUAGGGUUGAUGAGAUCGAUGGGCCCAUAUGGACCCCUAAUUAUCAGAGAAAAGAAACAGUUAAGGGAAAGGGAGUUUGUGUUCACAAUUACUGAAUGGAAUCAUGACUGGGAUUCUAACCUUGCCCAAUUAAAAGAGGAAGAUGGGAUGUUCGUUAACCGAAAACCAAUUGAUCCUACCUUUUCUCUGGACGGCGCCGAGUUCAGUUUGUUUCGGUUUCAAUCAGCUUUAAUAAAUGGUAAAGGUAGAUAUUAUGAUCCAACAGGCAAACACAACGAAGCGCCGCUGGAAGUAUUUACUGUGGCUCAAAAUGCUAGUUUCAUUUUUCGCGUCAUCGCUGUAGGUGUUCAAGUUCCUUUUAGAAUAUCCAUUGACGAUCAUGAGUUAACAAUUAUUGCAUCUGAUGGCUUCGAUCUUCAACCUAGGUCUGCAGAAUCAUUUAUAAUCAACCCAGGCGAAAGGUUCGAUUUCAGAAUACAAUCAGAUAAAUCCGUGAACAAUUAUUGGAUACGAGCUACAACUCUUGAAAUUGGCGUUGACCAUUUUGGAUUAGCUAUCCUAAGAUACGAUGGUGCACUGGAGGUAGACCCAAGCACUUCGAGAAAAGUGUGCACACUACAAAGUAAAUGCGUGGUUGUAAAUUGUCCAUUUCUUUUCUAUCCUACGUCAUCAAAUACCGAAUGCGUUACUUUUGACCAACUUAAAUCUAAAGCAAUUGAUCCAGCUCCCACAGGACCAAUUAGUGAAAAAGAAGAACAUUUUCUUAACUUUGCUUUUCCUGGAAUAUCUUGGAAACCCGGUGCCGUAAAUGGCAGAACUUUCAAAAAACCGCCUGUAUCUGCACUAACUCAACCCCAAGAAAUCGGUUUGAAAUGUAAAGACGAUUGUGGAGAUGAGAAAGUGUGUCAAUGUCCAUAUUCCUUGGAUUUAGAAAAUGGCAAAGUUUAUCAAAUGAUUUUCUUAAAUAUGGGUGCGGGAAAGGGAUUUUCCCAUCCUAUUCAUAUGCAUGGCUAUUCGUUUUACGUUUUGAAAAUGGGCUAUGCACAGUACAAUGGCACUAAUGGUAAAAUCAUUGGCGACAAUCUGGAUAUCAAUUGCAGAGGAAAUGCCGACCGGGAACUGAGUUUUUGCAACGCAGCAACAUGGGCUAAUUCGUCAUGGCUUGGAGGUAACGUGCCUGGUAUUGAAUUAGAGAACCCACCCAGAAAGGACACCAUCAUUGUUCCUACUGGAGGUUACGUUGUAGUUAGAAUCAUUGCAGAUAAUCCAGGUUUAUGGUUCGUUCAUUGUCACAUAGAACUGCAUAAUAUGGAUGGAAUGGCACUGGUCCUCAAUAAUUCUUUUCCAAUGAUUCCUUUACCUCCACCAGGAUUUCCCAGAUGUGGAAACUUUGACUACAGUACUCCGGCUCCAGAAAAUAGAAAUACGGCAAUAAAGGAAGAUGGCGACAACGAUGGCGACGAACACAAUAUAGUUAAAGCUCUAGAUAAUUUAGAUGCACUCGAGCACAACAACACAUUUUGGGCAAUCACAGGAUGUUUGAUAGCUUUAGUGGUGAUAGAGUUUCUUCUUUUGGUACAUACAUGUCGGAAAGCAACCCAUAAGCUGAAAGGCGAAUCCUUUGAUUCAGUUGCGAUGAAGUAGUGCACAUUACUUAUUGAAGAUAGUAUUUAUAGUAACCCAAGCAAAAGACUGGGGGGGGGGGGGGCUUUCUUUUAUUAAAUAAUUCUUUAGGCGCAACCAUUCAUGUUUAUAAUAUUAAUAGAACGAAAAUACAAGCCAUCGUUGAGAUAUAAACGUUUUAGCUUUCAACUUCGGAGUAGUAUACCCUUUGCUCAUUUAUAUCUAACGCUCGCACACAAUGUCUUACUCUAAGCAGGUCAGUGUUCAGAGUUUUGGUAAUUAUAAAAAGAGCCUAAGGUUAUUUUGAAUAUAUUAUACAAAUUUAAUUAAAUUUAUUUUCUUGGUAAGAACAUGAUAAUGCCUCAUUAAUACUCAAUAAGACUCGAUUGUGGCAUAUUUAUUAACCCACUAUUGUCCUGUUUCCCCGGUGACACUAUCCUGGUCACGGAACCAGUUGGCCAUUAUAACACCACGGUAGCAUUGUGUGACACUAUCCUGCGCCGCGGGACCCCCCCCCCCCCCCAAAAAAAAAAAAAAAAAAAAACCCAACAAAAAACCCAAAAAAAAACCCCAAAGAAAAACAAAAAAAAAAACAACCCCAAGACAAACAAACAAUGUAACACUGUUUUAUGUCAGAGCAGCUAAAUAAACAAUGUGAAACUACGAUCUGUGUUUACAUAACACCAAUAUAAGAAACUACUAGUAAAAUAAUAGAUAAGUUAUAAUGUAUAGUCUCUAAGAACUCGAAAUAAUAUAUUUUUCACAUCACGCUACCCCAAACCCCAUCCCCAUCCCAAUCCCACUGUGACUCUAUGAUGUCUCUAUAGUCUGAGUUCCACGAGCCUAGAACUGAGAUCUAGCCUCUGAAACGCUAAAAUGUCAGAUGUAUUUCCACGAACGCCCAAUGAUGUCUAAAGGUAUGUCCCCUGGGAAUUAAAAGGUACUAUCAACCGUACUGAACUAACAAUUAGCUCGGGUGAGAGGGAUUCCUUCGUGACUAUUGAUGGGUACUAAACUACGGAUUACUAGACAUAUGACGUCACUGAAAAUCUGAACUGGUGACUUCGUAUUAGGAGUCUGGGUAAAAACGAUUCAUUAUGCACCGAAAGCUCUGGAGCAUUUCGUGCAGAAUAAAGAAAGUGUAAGUUGUAUUGCAAUGUGUAAAUACCCAUCCAUCUUUACCAGUGUAUUAAUAUGUCCAUUGUGUUGUGUUCAAUAUUAUGACAACUACAUAAGCGAUUUCAGAAUAUAUCCAACAAUAAAAUACCUGACCUGAACUCUAACCCGGAUGCAGGUAAUGCGGAGUUUUGACAGAUUUUUGUAUCUAACACUACAGUAUACUAAUUAUUUAUUGGACAUUUCCAAAAAAAGUAAUUAGCAAAGUUAGACAAUUAUAUAACUCCAUUAAAUCAUCAUAGAUUUAUAAAAUCAUUUAUUUAGUACGAGCCAACUUGUACAUUACACCUUGUUUUUUUUAAAAUAUAGUAGUGGUGAUCAAGUUUGGAUUUGUCAGCAACGUUAUAUCCCCAAAUUAAUAUAUAAAAUGUUUAUUUAAUGUAAAAUACUGUUUUAUUUACUUUAUAUUAUGUGUAAUAUUUGUAUUUAUUGAAAUUUAAGAAAUCAAAAAUUAAACAUUACGGAUCUA